GAGGUUCGUGAUAUGGUGGCUCCUGUCUUAAAAAGUUUCCAGGCAGAGGUGGUCGCUCUCAGCAAACGGACCAAGGAAGCCGAGGCAGCGUUCCUGAGUGUUUACAAGCAGUUAAUCAAAGCACCAGCAGACCCUGAGCCCACCCUUGAAGGGCGGCACCAGCCCCUUCACUGCCUCGGCCCCGAGAAACCCCCGUUGAAGGAGCUGAACAGGCCCUGGAAGAAGGAGCCGCUGUUCCCCAAAGAGCAAAAAGAAGGAGCCCUCCCUUGUGGACUGGCAGUUUCAGAGGCCAAGCUUGCUGGGCUGGGCAGCAAAGUGUUGCUGACCGACUCCUUGUUGCAGAGAAAUGAGGUGGAGAAGCAAAGGGGCCUUCAAGAAGCCCAGUUCACUUUGGCCAGCCGGCUGGGGGAAGCAGAAGAGAAGAUCAAAGUCCUGCAUUCAGCACUAAAAGCCACUCAGACGGAGCUGGUUGACCUGCGAUGUAAAUAUGACGAAGAGGCAGCUUCCAAGACAGAUGAAGUGGCCAUGAUAAUGACAAAUCUUGAAAAGGCCAACCAGAGAGCCGAGGCUGCCCAGAGGGAGGUGGACAGCCUGCGGGAACAGCUUUCCUCUGUAAACAGCUCCCUUCGCUUGGCUUGCUGUUCUCCCCAAGGACCAAGUGGGGAUAAAGUGAAUUAUUCUUUGUGUCCGGGUCCACGGCUAGAGGCAGCACUCGCCGCCAAGGAUCGGGAAGUUCUCCGACUUCUCAAGGAAAUUCAACAUUUGCAAAACUCCAUGCAAGAAAUGGAAGAUUCUUCGGCCAAUCAAAUUGCAGACCUAGAACGGCAAUUGGCAGCCAAAAAUGAGGCCAUCGAAAAGUUGGAAGAAAAACUUCGUGCUCAAUCCGAUUACGAAGAGAUCAAGACAGAACUGAGCAUUUUGAAAGCAAUGAAGCUGGCCUCCUCUGACUGCAUCCUGUCCCAGAGUCUCUCAAAACCCUCCGACACACUCUUUCUGGGAAAAGAUUCCUUCUACCCAUCUCGGAAGUAUCUCUUGGAAAAACAAAACCUCACCACCAACCCUGAGGAGGAUCCCUCGGAAGACGAAUCGGUGAAGGACUCCAUGGGCCCCGAGCAAUCUUACGCGUCUCCCCAGCAGCUCCUGCACAACCCCAGGGAAGACUCCACCUCCCCUCCGCUCCUCCAGCCCCUGCUGGCCCCCACGGUGGCUCCGGAGGUACUGGGGACCUGUGCAUUGACUCCCCUCUCCCCACCACAGAUGGGCCCCCCAGGCUACAAGAGCGAGAACAGCAGCACGGGCAGCUUCCCCUCCGCCUUCUAUGCUGCCAAAGGGCUGGUGCUGCCCGCCAACCCCGGCCUGGCCAACGACAGGAGCCCCCCAAGUGACCAGUCGGAAGGCAGCAAUCCCAGCUCAGCCGAUGAGGAGCAACUGGACACGGCGGAGAUUGCUUUUCAGGUGAAGGAGCAGUUGCUGAAGCACAACAUUGGUCAACGCGUCUUUGGACAUUACGUCCUGGGCCUCUCACAGGGCUCGGUCAGUGAGAUCCUGGCCCGGCCCAAGCCUUGGCGCAAGCUGACCGUCAAAGGGAAAGAGCCCUUCAUUAAGAUGAAGCAGUUCCUCUCCGACGAGCAGAACGUCCUGGCGCUCAGAACGAUCCAGGUGCGCCAGAGAGGAAGCAUUACACCAAGGAUUAGAACUCCAGAAACGGGUUCAGAUGACGCCAUCAAGAGUAUCUUAGAGCAGGCCAAGAAAGAGAUUGAGUCCCAGAAAGGAGGAGAGGCGAAGAGCACCUCCACGCCCCAGGUGGCCACCAAUGGGGUCAGCACCAGCAACUCCGAAGACGCCAUCAAGAACAUCCUGGAACAGGCCCGCCGCGAGAUGCAAGCUCAGCAACAGGCCUUGCUUGAGAUAGAAUCCGGCAGCCCCGGCCAACCCGUCUCCACGCCCUCCCCUGCCGAGCCCUCCCCUCUGCCCUCCUUCAGCCAGAACAUUGUCCGUGCCUACAUCAAGCAGGAAGAAGGGGGUGGGCUGGGCCCCAACACCAGCAGCGGCAGCAGCAGCCGUGUGACCCAGACCCCUCUGGCGGUGCUCUCCCCUGCAGCCUUUGUGCAGAACAUCAUCCGCAAGGUCAAGUCUGAGAUUGGGGACGCCGGCUCCUAUUUUGACCAGCACUGGGCCUCCGACAGGAACCUCCUCAGCCGGCCUCUCACCUCGGUGUCCCCCUCCCUCUCUUCCUCAUCCAGCUACUCCAGCAUGGCCAACGGCCGAGUGUGGCCACGAGGUGAACCUGGGGACUCUGGUCUGAACGAGGAGGACUUGCCCACCUCAGAAGAUGAACCCCAUCGGGUGUUAGAAGUAAAGUCAGAAGGGGUGGGCUCGGACACCCCAGGAACCGGGCGCUUGUCCUACUACCCCUCCUAUGUGCCGAGGACUCUCAAGCCCACCGUCCCGCCCUUGACCCCAGAGCAGUACGAGAUGUACAUGUACAAGGAAGUGGACACCUUGGAACUCACACGGCAAGUCAAGGAGAAGUUGGCCAAGAACGGGAUCUGCCAACGCAUCUUUGGGGAGAAGGUGCUGGGCUUAUCACAAGGCAGCGUGAGCGACAUGUUGUCCAGGCCUAAACCGUGGAGCAAGCUCACCCAGAAGGGACGGGAACCGUUUAUCCGGAUGCAACUUUGGCUCUCCGACCAGCUAGGCCAAAACAUCAGCCAGCAGGCCAGCCUGCCUCAGGCCAGCCCUGGAGAGUCUCAGUCUUCUCCUUCCCCGCCAGCCAGUCCUUCUGAGCGAGAAAAAAGUCCUCUGGAGCCCCUGAGUCUUGCCCUGGAAAGCAGCAAAGAAAACCAGCAGCCGGAAAGCAAAGCCGGCUCCUUGCUGAGUGGCAAAAUGUGCCCCAACCAUCACAACUCGGUUGGCAUUCAGGAAAUCGUGGCUAUGUCCCCCGAGUUGGACACUUACUCCAUCACUAAGAAGGUCAAGGAGGUCUUAACCGACAAUAAUCUUGGUCAGCGCCUUUUUGGAGAGAGCAUCCUGGGCCUGACGCAGGGGUCAGUCUCGGAUCUCCUUUCAAGGCCCAAACCUUGGCAUAAGCUGAGUCUUAAGGGAAGGGAGCCGUUUGUCCGCAUGCAACUCUGGCUGAAUGACCCCCACAAUGUCGACAAGCUCCGGGACAUGAAAAAGUUGGAGAAGAAAGCGUAUCUGAAGCGUCGUUACGGGCUGAUCAGCGCUGGCUCGGACAGCGAGUCUCCCAACCCUCGUUCCGAGUGCCCCAGUCCCAGCCUUCAGCUGCAAGACCUCAGCCUCCUGCAGAUCAAGAAGCCAAGGGUGGUCUUGGCUCCAGAGGAGAAGGAGACCCUGAAGAGGGCCUAUCAGCUGGAACCCUACCCCUCCCAGCAGACCAUCGAGCUGCUCUCCUUCCAGCUCAACCUCAAGACCAACACGGUGAUUAAUUGGUUCCACAAUUACAGGUCUAGGAUGCGCCGAGAGAUGCUGGUGGAAGGAAGCCAGGACGACACAGACGCAGAGCAGAGCAUGGCCCCUGCUGGCUCUUUGCCCAAGGUGGCCCAGCCCCAGAGCCCUGACUCGGAAGGGGAGGACCACAAACCCACCUUCAGAAAUGCUGAGUGCCAAGGAGAAGUCAAAGCGCUGGUUGAAAUCAAGGAGGAGCAGCUGGAUGCUGGCGACAAAGACGACCGGGUCAGCAGCAGAGACUCCUGUAGUCUGGAAGGCGAGGAAGCGCCCGUAUCCAGAUCCAGCCCUGGGGAAGACCCCAAAGACCCCAGUCGUGUGAGCCCACACGAAGCUCCCAACCUCACCUGGGCCAGCACCCUACGUAGCAAGGCACACCUGCCCGGGAGCCACGAUUAUUCCAGUUUCCAUAACUCCGGGGAGACCGACAGCCACGAGAGGUCCCCCUCGGAUCCCGUUAGCUAUAAAUCCACCUCCGAAUCCUCCCGUUGCAGCCUAGAAGUUUCUCUGACCUCUCCAUCCGCCUCCUCCUCGCCAGGACUCCUGAUGUCCGUCUCCCCCGUCCCAUCCUCCUCAGCUCCCAUCUCCCCCUUGCCAGUGAGCACUGCAGCCACCAAAGGGCAGAGUGCCAGUCCGGCCGCAGAUAUGGGCACCGCGCCACCCAGCGCAAAACUGACUACGAACAUCCAGCGGCGGAACGAGAAAAUGGCUAAUCUCAACAGCAUAAUUCACCGGCUAGAAAGAGCCGCCAAUCGCGAGGAGACUCUGGAGUGGGAAUUUUGAAGGGCUAAAUGGAAAAAAAAAAGAAAAUAAUCAAAACCGAACACCUAAAUUAUGUUGUCCGGGUUCUAAACUCCACAGAACGUGUGGACAAAGCAGGGAGUCCUAGCAGAGUGUAUAGAAAAAAAAAUAGAUCUAUAAAUAUAUAUAUAUGAACACACACACACAUAUUUUAUUAAUUUCAUCAAGUCUAAGAAAGAGACAGCUGCAUUUUGUCGGACCCGAGAGAUUGUUGCUCUUUCUUAGCUCCUGAAAGUAACCUAAAACUGACUUUGGGGGGUUUUAAAUGUGAAAACAGACACACAGGAACAAACUGAGAACACUUUUAGAAGGGAAAAAAAAUAUUAAAGUAAUAUUUAUAGACCUCUUUUAGAUAUUUUAAUAAAAGGAAACUUUGGAAUUUAUUAACAGCUCAAGCUGCUUUGAUAUUAAAAGAUAGCUAUAAACUGUAUCAGUUGUAUCAUUAAAUGCCCACUGAAAGUCUUGUAGUUUGCCACUGGAUGAGAUUAAAGAAAAAAAAUUAAAUUUUUAAAAAUACGAACCUUGGCUCAUUGAUCCAAGCCAUCAAGAAGCACUAUGAGACUGACCAAAAUGUUACGAAACUUGAUUGGCAGACUCUGCGUUUUGUCUGUAAGACGUCACGUCACGACAACCUGUCAAGAAACUUUGUCUUAUAGUCCACGAAGACUCUAAAUUUGGAACCCGCGGUGCCAUCGUGAGUCUGCUAUUUAGCCCAAGUGGUAUGUUCCCUUCAUUUUAUUUUCCUUCUUUCUUUUGGGGGCAACACAGGAAAAAAAAGAGAGGUGUUGCAUGCUGUUGUAUGGAAAUAGGUUUUCAAGAGCCUUGUUGAACAAGAUGCACCCCAAUUCCAGAGAAUGACUUUCUCUCCUUUACAAAGGGGCAUCCAGAAAGGGGUUUUUCUUUCCCACUGAAAGGGGAAAAAAGCAUCUUUUGUUUCAAAAAGGUGCACUUGCUAAAUCAAACCGUCUGUUACGCCAGGGAAGACUUUAAAGAGAAUUACGACACUUUUUUUAAAAGCAUAAACAUAGUCCCUUAGCUCAACAUUUCAGCUUUGGAGGAAAGCAGAUAUUUUGACACAUUUGCCACAGGGAGCACUAAACCAGAAUAGAAAAUGCUGGCUAUAAAAGGUUUGCCCCCUAGAGUAGUGGCAAAUAAGUUUAAUAAAUAAUAAUAGCAUCCUGUGCAAUUCACCCACCAAUGUUAGUCAAAGCUUGGAGAAAAGGUGAAAGUUAAAUCCAGGCCCAGCUCCUUAUCCUUCUCCAACGGCCUUGCCUGGAUCCAUCUUCCAUGCCAGGAGGAAGGAAGGAAGGAUCUG